UACCCCUUCACCGAACCAGAGAGACGUUACCUUCGAAUCGUCAACGCCACUACUCCUCUGUCUGAUAUCAUACGCGCUCAAGCCGCAUUGCCUCAGAGACCUCCCAGGAGACACUAUCUCAGCCGCCUUCCAUCCAUCAGCGAGUCCAUCGGAAGUGAUUACUCCGGCGUGACCGACACUUUCGAGGUGGCUCACGUCUGUCGUGCGCGAAGCAUCUUGCUGCCUGAGAACGACGACCACUUCACUCUCACCACCGAUCCACCCAGAGAGAGGGUCAAGACACACACCAAGAUCUACAGAGGGCUGGCUCGUUUUGCCAGCAAGAGUAGCACGAAUCUUGCCGAGCUCUCGUCUGCCACCAAGGAGAAGAUCAAGGACUUCAAGCUCACCAGGUCCAAGAGCUCCUACCAUCUUCCAGGUCUUGUGUCGUCGCCAUCCUCUCCUGCACGCAGCGUCAAUCCACCCCUUCCAUCUUCUCCGACAGACCUCCCCCAGGCAACCGACGGAUCGAGUAUUCCUGCCAUUUAUUCCGAGAGCAUCUCUUCAACCAGCAGCGUCGAACCAUUGCCAGCCAAGUCACUCUCGAAAUGGGACUGGACUCGCCGCAGCCUGCGCGCAUCCACCUGUAAGUUGCCCCUCGCGCCUGAGAGGCAGGAAGAACUGAGCGGCGUCAACCCCUAUCGAAAGCGCUCCUCGAGCACCCGUUGGUCCUCGUCGCAUCGCCCUAAUCGUUCGACUGCCGAUGGAAAUGGUAGUCCUGUGGUAUCACGUUCACACACAAUGCACUCCUCGAACACUUCCUCCUCGCCCCAAUUCGCUCACGUCCCUGAUCCCAUCACCCCUCCUCAGCCCUCUUUACAGUCUCCUCAUGUCUUCAAGCCUGUCAUCGCUCCUUUGACCCCGACUGAUUCUUCUCACCUCUUCACGCCCGCUGCUUUGUCCACCUCAAAGUCUGCCGACAACUCCAAGACGGCUAUCAUCGAAGACUCACCUUCUUCCAAGUCUGCGCACAACUUCAAGCCCAUGAUCGUGGACAAACACAUGUCACCUAUUUCUCCCCACAACGGAACGCCCAUCAUCACUGCUCCUUCAUCCUUCUGCGAACCAUUCCAGAAACCCAAGCACAUCGUCUUCCCCAACUCAAAAAUUGAUGCUGGCUCUUCUUUUCGCUUUGCGGCCUCAACCUCAGUCCACACCGCACCUUCGCCUACUGUCACCGAAACUACGCCUACUGGAGCCGGACCUUCUUUACCCGAAGCUGAACCUUCUAUUCCACGCCCUGCACGUUUCAAGACUCGCUUCAAGCCUUACACUCCCCGUCCCAUACCGGCAGACCCCACCAAAGUCACUUUCCCCAAUGGACUCGAUGGAGACAACCCCUAUCCACGUCCCUAUGGUGGAGGCUGGCGCAACCACCCCUACCAUCUCUAUGAGAGGUUGCCCACCUCCAAGCUCCUGAUCGAUCCAUACGCUAAGCCUGCUAAGGAAUCGUUUCUCCACCGAUGGUUCUGUGGCACAAAGAAGAGCGGUCGUAACUACUACGGCGGCCGCUCUGCGGCUCAAAGAGAAGCCACCAGAUACGUGCACACGGCCAGCAAUGGCGAUCUUCACGAGGCAUACGAGAUGGACGACCUGUUCCCUUCCAAGCCUGAAUCAUCAGAGCCUCUUCCCGAUGCUCCUCCCAAGCCUUUUGUAGGCACGGCCGUCUCAAUUCUGCAGAGAGUCAGAAAAAACGUCAAGGUCAAGUACGUCAAGGCGCGUGAUCCCGCGGGCAACGUCUAUUUCUACGAAAAGUCCUAUGUGCCUCGCUUCACAAAGCACUCUCUGCGCCCCUCGAAGCGCACAAUCAGCAUCAGAAACUUCCUCAACCGCCGCCUAUAUGGCAGACCAGGCGACGGCGCCAACCUGCUCAUGCCUCAUAUCCCUUUUGAAGUCGUUAUCCCUGGCGUCGACGAUACAAAGGAGCGCGCCGAGCUCGAGGCCAGGAUGAGGGAGCGCGCCGAGCUCGCAGCCAAGACGCCGGUGCAUCCAUUGGGUCCCAAGGACUGGGAAGACUUCAACGAGGAAGACAUGAUCAAGAAGAUGAGGGCCUCUGACAAGGUGCAGAAGAAGAAGAGGGCCCAGAGGCUGAAGAGAGCCGAGAAGAAAAAGAACGAGUCGCGUGGCCUUCUCUACUCCCUCCAGCAGCGGCGCCUGGCUGGAAAGCUCGAAAGAGCCAAAAAGAAUCUUGACAAGGAGAAGGAGGAGGAGAAAGAGCUGGCAAACAGGGAGAGAAUGAAGGCCUAUGAGACCUCCUUCUCUCCUGACAACCUCCCCCAAGAGCAAGACCUUGUUGAGCGCCGCGAGGCCGCUCAGGGCGCGCAAGAAGAGCAGAGAGCCAUUGAUCUGGAGGAAGCCAGAAAGGGCAAGAAGAAGGUCAGUGCCCCUGAUCAGGUCGAUAUGCCUGAGCCCGACCUUGCUGAGCGCCGCGAAAUCACUCAGGAGGCGAAAGAGAGGCAAUGGCUCAUCGACUUGGAGAAGGUCAGAAAGGGGAAACAGAAGGCCAAAGUCUCCGACGACCCUGCAUUGAGUCCCAAUUCCGAAUCAGGUAACCUCCGCGCCCAUAGCGAUGCAGGUAUCGAUGUCGGUACACGCGCGUUGUCCAUUGAAGCUCUUGUCAGAAGUCACCUUUCUCGUUCUAAGGAGAACGGCCGUCCUAGCAAAAACAGCAAGCCACGCCAUGACGAGUUCAAGUACCUCCUGAAGGCCAUCAAACAACAACGCAAGACCGACAAGCUCUCCAUAGCUGACAACAUUGACAAUGGCAAGCAGGAUCUCGGAAAGCCAAAGAAGCAACGUCCGGGACCAUCUAGUUCCGGAAAGCACGAGGAACGUAACCAAAAGGCCGAGAAACAUCAGCACAAAGGAGAGAAGCGCGAGCGCAAAUUCAAUGCCGCUGUGGAAUUGCCGGCAGGUGUGGAGCGUGUGAAGUUUGUGUUACCACUUGUUCAGACAUCAUUUGCAAAGAAGGAACAGAAAAAGCCAGAGGAUCGCCAGCAAAGGGGAGCGAUGUCUGAGCGACAGAAAGAGGUACUCAAGCGCAUGGAAAAACAACGCAUACGCAACCCUGAAGCCGCAGUGGCCCAGGCUAUAAGUAACGCAAACAAUCGCAAGUUGCUGGCAGAAGCAUCACAGGCAUUGGUUGUCGAGAAACCUCUGUCAGUGGUCACAAAAAGAAACUUGAAGCCGAUUGCAGAAGAAUCUCUGGACAUCACGCCUCCUCGUAUUCGCACUCCCAACCGUUACAAAGAUGUCUCUUUCGAAUUCGAAGAGGCUGAGCAACUUGUCACCCCGACGUCUCCUGAGCAAUGCCAGUUCGAGGCCGAUCAAGCUUCUACACCACGAACACCUAUACCUUAUAUUCUUCCGACCGUCGAGGAGGAAUCAGAUGUUGAAGAUGGAAAGCAGAUUGCUGACCUCACCAACACCUAUACGGAGUUUCUG